AUGAAAAAUCAUGAAGCUCGUCCCACUGGAGCUGCUCCAUUACCGGAGGCAAAUAUGGUGGAAGCACGUGAUCAAUCUGUAAAAAGAGAUGAUCAUCGGGGAUAUAAUAAUGCACGGCGACGUGACAAAGAUAAAAGAAGAUACACUAAUCGUCAAGUUGGUGGUCAUAAUAAAAGAGAGAACAACAUGAGUUCUCAAAAUAACCCCUCAAAAAGUAAUUGUCGUCGUUGUGGCAUGAAAGGCCAUUGGAAGAAUGAAUGUCGCACACAUGAGUAUUUUGUAAGGCUCUAUCAAAAUUCCUUUAAAAGGAAAGGAAAUAAAAGUGGUGCUUCCUCUUCCAAUGCUCGAGCUGAGUCACAUAUGACUCUUAAAGAUGAUGAUAAGCCGGGAACAUCUCAGAAAUAUGAUAAGGAUGUUGAAGCAAAUUUGGCUUUAAAGGAUGAUGUUUUUGAUGGCCUUGGUGACAUUACUCAUAUGGAAGUUGAUGACUUCUUUGGAGAUCGAAACUGA